GUUUUCCAGGAAAUGAACAACUGAAACCACCCCACGAAUCACUCAAACUCCAGCGACGACAAGUUCAGUUUACGACUGUAGCAGUUGUUAAUUGUUAACGGUGUCUCUUUCUCAUUUUUUUUUUUUAUUAUUUUAUUAUUUUAUAACAUGUCUGCGGAGGUCUGCAGGGAAACAGCGGAACAUCCCAGACUCCUGAAGCUGUCAUCCGCCCUGUUUUACGCCGGUAGUUCGUUUCUGAUCACCGUGGUGAACAAAACCGUGCUGACCAGCUUCAGAUUUCCCUCCUACCUGUUCCUGGGAAUUGGACAGAUGAUCACUACGAUUGUCGUCCUUUAUUUGGCCAAAAAGAGCAACACGGUGAAGUUCCCAGACUUUGACAGGAGCGUUGUCUUAAAAAUUUUCCCUCUGCCGUUGCUGUAUGUUGGAAACCAUGUGACAGGACUGGCAAGCACCAAAAAGCUCAGUUUACCCAUGUUUACAGUGUUACGGAAAUUCACUAUAUUGAUGACAAUGAUCUUGGAAGCUUAUUUAUUAAGAAAAACAUUUUCUAGACGUUUAAUUUGCAGUGUUGUGACGAUAGUCUUUGGGGCCAUGGUAGCUGCAAGUUCCGACCUGGCCUUUGACAUGGAGGCCUACACUUUCAUUCUGCUGAACGACGCCUUCACUGCAGCCACUGGUGUUUACACCAAAAAGAAACUUGGUGAUCAGAGCCUUGGGAAGUACGGCGUCUUAUUUUACAAUUCGCUCAUCAUCGUCCUCCCCACUCUCUUGGCCAGUGCUUUCACUGGAGAUUUAACCAAGGCUCUCUUAUUUGAAGACUGGAGCAAUGUUGCAUUUAUGUUAUGCUUCCUUCUGUCCUGCUUCAUGGGAUUUGUAUUGAUGUGCUCAAUAGUCCUCUGCAGCUUUUAUAACUCAGCACUUACAACUACGGUUGUAGGGGCCAUAAAGAAUGUGGCCGUAGCUUACAUCGGCAUUUUUGUGGGUGGAGACUACAUGUUCUCAUGGAUUAACUUCCUCGGCCUCAGCAUUUGCAUGUCAGGAGGAAUAGUCUAUUCAUACCUCACCUUCAACAGCAGCCAACCACCCGGAAAUAAUGCAGAAGGAACUCAAGAGCAGAAGAUUCUCAUUUCUGAGGAUUUAUCAAGGAAGGACUGAGAAAAAGAGGAAAACUUCAGCCACCAGGUGGCCUUAUCCUGCUUCAUAUUGAAGCAUUUCAUUAAUUCACCACUUUAUUGUGUCUCUCGUUUUAUACUAUGAACAGACCUAUUAACAUUCAUUCCUAGCUAUUUAAUUCAGAUUUUAAACCGACACCAAAUAAACAAAAAUUCCCA